CGCUCGCCUCACCGACUAAUCCUAUAAAUAUGGCCGCCGCCGCCGUCGCCGUCGCCGCUUCACUCCUCCCGUCCACCGCCUCCGCCUUCCGCCGCCUCUCCUCCGCGGCGAACCUCUCCCGCUCCGCCAAGCUCAAGAGAUUCGACCGGGUUCUCCGUCUCGCGCCCGCCGCCGCCGCCAUGUCGACGUCGUCCGGCCCGAAGGAGGCGCCGGCCAACAACCCGGGCCUCCAGGCGCCGUCGGAGAAGGACCCGGCGACCAAGGGCUACUUCAUGCAGCAGACGAUGUUUCGUGUAAAGGACCCAAAAGUGAGCCUCGACUUCUACUCGCGUGUGAUGGGCAUGUCGUUGCUGAAAAGAUUGGAUUUUCCUGAGAUGAAAUUCAGCUUGUAUUUCCUCGGUUAUGAGGAUGUGAACUCAGCGCCUACUGAUCCUGUCAAGCGAACUGUUUGGACUUUUGGGCAAAGGGCUACACUUGAGCUCACACACAACUGGGGUACAGAAAAUGAUCCUGAGUUCAAAGGUUACCAUAAUGGGAACUCAGACCCUCGUGGUUUUGGUCAUAUAGGAGUAACUGUUGAUGAUGUCUAUAAGGCAUGUGAGCGAUUUGAAAAUCUUGGAGUGGAGUUUGUAAAAAAGACAGAUGAUGGUAAAAUGAAGGGCAUUGCGUUUAUCAAAGACCCUGAUGGCUACUGGAUUGAAAUAUUUGACCUGAACAGAAUUGGGGUGGUGGCUGCAGAAGCAUCAUGAUGCGUUUGGAGCGCUAUGAACUCUGCCCAUUGUGCAGCUGUGACAAUCAUUGUCUUGUGCGAGGUGCAAUAUGAUAAAACUCAGGCCUCCCAUGGGCAUAUAUACAAUAUACUUGGUCAUUUAGAGCAAUAAGUUAUAGAAUGUCAUACCCUGUUUCGGUGAUUGGUGUUUGAAGCUUGAACUUAACCUUUUCUAUAACUGUUUCCGGUAAAGAUUUUAGCCUGAUAC